AUGGAUAUUGAAUCAAUUAAAGGUAGGGGAGACUAUAAACCUCCUAGUAGUUUUCAGAAUGAUAUAGAAUAGUAAAAGGCGUCAAAUAAUCUAAAAUAAAAUGAUUAUUAGAGUUUCUCUAAUUAUUCAUAGUUCACACAAAUAGAAAGUAGUAAAAAGCAGAGUGAUUAAAAGUAAAAUAAUAAAAUAGGAAGAAAAACUAGCUGGCUGACUAGCCAAAGCUCAGAAUCAGUAUCAAGUAGUAGCAGUAGCGGCUAUCAAUAAACAAAUGUAAAUAAUAGCGAUAAUUAAAGUAUAAAUUUUGAUGGGAUUCAAUUCAGUCUGAUGAAUACAUUAAAUUUGUUUAUGAAAGAUAAUUUUACAGUAUAUAUAAUUAGAGGUAUAUAGGCUAGAAAUCCGAAUGCUGGAGCAGUAUAAAUCAUUGCUCAUAGUACUUCAUUUAUUGAUGAAGCUGCAUUGAUUAUAGUCUUAUUAGCUAUUCACUUUAUAGAAACUAUUGCAAUUGUAUGGAAUUCAUACUCCUCAUAAAGGUAUUUCUUACCAUAAAAAUCUAAGAUUUGUGUAGGACUAUGUAUUAUUCUUCUAUUAACAGCAAUUGGUAUUAUCAUAGCAAAAUCUGAUGAAUCUAAAUCUCUUCCUAACAGAAUUUCGAUAUUACUUCUUAUAUAAAUGAUAGCAUCAGGUCUUCUAUUUCAUAUAAAUCAUUAGAUUUAACUAAUUUAUAAGGUAUUUAUAUGA